CACUACCAAGUACUUAGCUUCAGAGCAAGUAAAAAUGGCGGCGGUUGCCCCAGCGAGCCUUAAAGCCAUUUCUUCAUACCUUAAAACGGCUCAAGAGUACGAUAAACGAGAUCCUGUUGUGGCUUAUUUCUGCCGCCUUUAUGCAGUUCAGAAAGGUAUCAAAAUUGAUAGCAAGAGCAAUGAGAGCAAAUCAUUCUUGUUGCAGCUAAUGGACCAGCUUGAAAAGAAAAAGAAAGAGUUAAGUGCCCAAGGUCAUGAGGCUGUUUCUGAUGAGGCUAUUUCCAAGAUUCAUGUAGAAGAGAAAGCUGUACAGUUAUUUCUGUGGGCAGACACUGAAGACCGUGCUGCAAAUUUUAACAAAAAUGUUGUCAAGUCAUUUUAUACAUCUAGUCUUCUCUAUGAUGUUUUGGAGCAGUUUGGAGAUUUGUCAGAAGAGGCAUCGCAUCACCGUAAAUAUGCGAAAUGGAAGGCAGCUUACAUUCACAAGUGUCUGAAAAGCGGAGAAACACCUAUACCAGGUCCCGCUGGUGGAGAUGAUGAAGGUCUGGGUGGGGAGGCUGAGGGAGGGAUUGCACCCUACCCUCCCCCAGGCCCAGCGAACACACAGCAGCCUCCCUACCCAACCAACGCAAGUGGAGUACCAGGGCAGUUUCCUUCUCUGCCAUAUUCAUCAGAUCAGACAAAUUUUCCAAUACCACCAACAGAGCCGAGUGCACAGCCGUGUCCUGCAGUAGCCCCAGUCCAGCCAGCAAUACCACCCACCAUACCGUCUACGGCAGCUCCACAAACUAGCCUAUCUCUUGAGGAUAACGAAAAAGCUCAGAAAUACUGCCGCUUUGCUGCCAGUGCCUUACAAUACCAGGACGUUAAGACAGCAAUCGAGAAUUUGCACAAAGCGCUGGCGUUGUUACAGAAGUGACUUUUCUCGGGGGAAAAUAUGAUAGACGGCGAAAAUAUCGAUAAUAGAUCAGCUUUUCCUGUUGUAAUUUUCUAUUUACGGGAAGGAUUGACAAGAAGCGCAGGAGAACGCAUUUUAUUCCUUUUACACGGUAACGAGCAUUGUAAUAUAGUUGCAUUACACUUAUUUUGUAGUGUGGCUAAUACUCGCGUUAUACGCGAUUUCACUUUAAAUGCGAUGCACGUUUUUUAUUCUUCAUUUGUUAUUCAGUUUGCUUCAUUUCCUGAGUGGGGUGAUGAUGGCUUUGAUUUUGAUCCUUUAUCUGUAAGGGGGUAUUCGUGGAUUUAUUCUAUAUUAACUGCUCGAGGCUUUGACUUGUAUAGACAAGACAUUGCUACUUGAAAAUUUUUUUAUUGCUUGCUCUACUUGUAAAACACAGGAAAUCGCUUACAAUAAACACAUGUGAAAUCGCUUAGAAUAAUCGUACUUGUUUUGCUAAAUUAACUACCCCUUUGUACCACAAACCCACGCGUUCAGGGUCUAGGGCUUCUGCAUUAACCCUCAAACUCUCAUACAUUUCAUAAAUAAUAGCAAAUGCGAUGUUAUUCUCUCUCAAUUCAUUACCCAGUUUUCAAAAAUCGUACCACUGAGUGAAUAGAUUUAGUCGGGUGCUAGCUUGAAGGGGGUGUGCCAUCUUGCGUAUCUCUGAAAUUAGUACAUCGUCCACGUCAUCACAGUAUUCAUCCAACUUUGAAUAACUAGUAGGAUCUCCAUGAUGAGGGUCUGGAAUGUUCUUUCCUUCUCUCCACAUUAGUAGUAAUAGCUCCGACGAAGGGCUAACGCUCGAAACGUCAGCUUUUGUAAUCGU